CGCGAUCCGGUCCGCUGUGUGCGUUUCCGACGACUUGCUGUGUGCUGCUGCUGAUGACAGCGAAAUUCUUUUCCUUCACUCGCUCUCGAUUUUGCACAUAAAAUGGCCAUCGUUGAAUAUUAGCUCGGAUCGCUAGUUUACGCCGGAUGCGAACGGUUAAAUCGUGCAGAAAACAAAAGUACGGCUCGUUGUGAAUUCGGAAGUAGUAAAUUUGGUUCGAAUUGUGCUAGUGUUUGGUAGAAAAACUCAGUUUGAAUUUGGUGUUGAGCGGCUGCCAUCAGAAGAAAAUCUUUAUUUUUUCUGGAGGAGGUAGAAAUUGCGUGUGAGCAUAAACGGGAAGAAAAUUGAAUACGGUUGUCAGAGUUUGUUUUUUCCUUGUGGCCAGAAAACCGGGAGCGGUUCCGGCAAUUUGUUUUGAAUACCGAAAGUUGUGGCUGUUGUGAACAAAGCUGGCCUAGGCUAAAGUAGAACUGGUGAGGUCGAAGCAGUUUUGACAUGUCAAAUUGUAUAAUGUGUCAUGGGUACCGAAUUUGCUACGUCAAAAAUGACGAAUGAAAGUUUCCAAAUUUUUAGAUGAAAAUUGCGAAUUUUCGCUCACAAAGCAAACUAUCUGCAUAGAAUAAAUAAGGAAGAGAGCAGUGAUUGUGUUUGUUUUGGUUACUGCUAAUGUGUUGGUUUGAAAAUUUUGCGAAUGCCAUCAUCGAAAUUGAACCGUGAUUUAUGGUAGAAAAGAAUCGAAACCACCAUUUCGAAGUGAAGAGAAGAUAAAUCAUGCAGUGUUUGGUUAGCCACCGCAAAUCAGAGUGUGUGUGAUUGUGCAAAAAUUGCGCAAGUGUUUUCUUUGCCCUGUUGAGAUACGCAGUUAAAGACGCCUCUUGCAGGAAAAAGGCAAGGAUAGUUCUUUAAAGUUAACACCUCGGAUGACGUACUGCUGUUGGUUGGCAACUAAGUCAUCAUGGCAGAAGUGAAGAAAACAUCGACAGAACAUAUCAGAAGACAGUCAGCGCAAUCGCCGAAACUCAAAACAGCGAGCGGCAGAUGCCCUAGAAAAAGUUGGCAGUUUCGGUCUAUGGUUGUUGCACUGCUGGUACUGACGACGGCAGUUCGAAUUGGCGGAGCCUCUCGAAUCAUUCGGCACACCAACAGCAAACGUAGCAGUAGUGGCAGUCUUAACGAUUACGGUACCGGUGGCAGUAGUGAUUCGGCGGCGAUGGGAGGAUCCUUGUACAAGGAGCAGCAGCAGCAGCACAUCAACGGAAAGUAUAUCUCAAAUUCGAAUGAAAACAGCGCCGCUGUUGCUGGCGAAGGCGAUGACAACGCAGCAGGCAGCAGCAGCAGCAACUCUGGAGCAGCGCCGUCGUCAGCGUCGUCUUCGUCGUCACUGUCGCAUAAUUCGCCGCAAACAUUGACGCUGACGGCGGAUAAAAAUAAAACGAAAUUAUUAAAAUGUCACUGUGACAUUUGUAAGGACCAGAACUACGUGUGCGAAACAGAUGGAUUGUGUUUUACCUCCCUUUCGCUGGAGCACGGCGUCUACAAGUACUCCUACAGGUGCCUCCAUCGGAAGGAUUAUUUGGGUCCGUUCACCUGGAAUUGGUGCCGCAACAAGAGCGCGGAAAUUCGUAGUGACCACUACUGCUGCUAUAGGCCUGAUCUUUGUAACCGAUUUCUUCUGCCUCAGUUGCCACUAGAGCAAGCCCACGAGGUUAAGGAGCUGGAUAGUGUCCUGAUGAUCCUGCUAGCCGUUGGAGGUGUGAUAACCUUUGCUGCCUGUGCCAGCCUGAUGUUUGUCAUGUUGCGCCGAAGAAAGCGAAACAGCGGUGCAAGGCAAAUCCUUCCCGAGGACUCUAUUUGCGGUGCGAGUUAUCCUAUUCUGAACGGACAUCCGACAAUUCAGGACUUUAUCGAAAUGACCACCUCCGGAUCGGGUUCGGCCGGUUUGCCACUGCUGGUGCAAAGAUCGAUUGCCCGCCAGAUCCAGCUGGUGGAGGUCAUUGGCAAGGGUCGCUUCGGCGAGGUGUGGCUUGGCAAAUGGCGCGGUGAGAAUGUUGCCGUCAAAAUUUUCUCCAGUCGGGAGGAGUGUUCCUGGUUCCGGGAGGCGGAAAUCUACCAGACCAUCAUGCUGCGGCACGAGAACAUACUCGGAUUCAUUGCCGCCGAUAAUAAAGACAACGGCACCUGGACUCAGUUGUGGCUCGUAACGGACUACCACGAGAAUGGAUCGCUGUUUGACUUCCUGACGGCUCGCUGCAUUGACACAAAGACUAUGGUUGAGAUGGCGUACUCGAUUGCAACGGGAUUGGCACAUCUGCAUAUGGAUAUUGUUGGAACUCAGGGAAAACUUGCCAUCGCCCACAGGGAUCUCAAGUCCAAAAAUAUACUGGUGAAAUCCAACUUCUCCUGCUGCAUUGGUGAUCUUGGCCUGGCGGUCAGACACAAUGUGGCCACCGAUACGGUAGACAUCCACUCCACACAUCGGGUGGGCACGAAACGUUACAUGGCUCCGGAAGUGCUGGAUGAAACGAUUAAUGUGAACCAGUUUGAUUCCUUCAAGCGCGCCGAUGUGUACGCGUUUGGGCUAGUGCUGUGGGAGAUUGCGCGACGGUGCAACGUUGGCGGCAUCUACGACGAGUACCAGCUGCCUUUCUAUGACGUGGUACAGCCCGAUCCGACCAUUGAGGAGAUGAGAAAGGUCGUCUGCACGGACCGACAACGGCCCAGUAUACCGAACCGAUGGAUUGCCUCCGACACGCUGCACUCGAUCUCGAAGGUGAUGAAGGAAUGCUGGUACCAGAAUCCGGCCGCCCGGCUCACAGCGCUCAGGAUCAAGAAAACACUCGCAAACAUUCGCUAGAGGCGGCCGGUCACUGUCGUAGGCGAAUCGGUCGGUGGUCCUUCGUGGGUAUAGGGAUGAGGGCGGGGGGAUUAAUCCGGCCGGCAGACCCGGCAGUGUGCAUGAUGACGAGAUGCAAAGAUGAAAAUAAUGUAACAACAGAAUGUGAAAACACGAACUCUCGAUCUAGGAAUUAACACACUUUUUAGCUGGUAAGCAGGAUUAGCAUUAGGACGGAAUGGACCCACUAGUGUGGGGGUAAAUUGUGAGAUAAUGAGAGAAGUAACUCUAGUUGUGUAAGUUUACAGUUUAUUGUAAGGGUACGACGAGAAUAUUUCUUUUGUGCGCAAAAGAAGAAACAAGCUAAUGCAUAAAGGAGAGAAGAAAUUUAUGUUUCAAACUGUUAAAAGUCACAGUCAAGUCAGACUUGGCUAAUUGUCCGUACAUACUAUCAUUUGUGUUUUUUAGAAUGGUUGAUUGAUGUGUUGCAUGUUUGAUUUUAUUGGCGAGCUAGUUUUGAUACAUAGUAAUAUAUUAUUAUUUAUUGUUAGUAUCACUUUAUUUAUCAUAUGAGUUGGCUUGGUUACUAGCAAACACACAUACACACCUACACACACAUCUACAUACAAACAAGACAUUCACAGAAUUAGGCGGUAAGCAGCGUAGGAUGUGCGACCAGAUAUACUGGAAUAAUUUGUUAUUGUUUCUCCAUUUAUAACAUAUCUCCUCUCCUCUAAAGAAAGUUGAAAUUAAGGAAAACAGUAACUGAAAACUUGUACCUCCGUUUACAGCUAAAACUGUACACAAACACUCAAAAUCCUCAACCGGAGAAGCAGUCAACUGCUUUGUAAUGCAGACGAAAAAAAAAACACGUUACUCACAUUUUUACUGACCAGAAUUUAAUGGGUAGUAAUUGGGCAGGAUUACUUCCACUAUGAGACUGUUAAGAAAAGCUAUUAGAUUAUAACAUUUGUUACUUGGGAUGUGCGGGGCUUUUUGUGAAUGUAAUUUUUUAAUAAUUAGACACGAUUUUACUAUGUAAUAAGAUUUUCAAUAGUUUUUGUUUAUUAAAUGUAGAUCAGAAAUUAGUGUUUUUAUUGCGAAUAAUGAUUAUUUUUUGCUUGGCUUUCUUGGACAUUUUAAUUAGUUUUCGAGUGUAAUUUGAAAAGCUUUAAAGUAAGAUUUAAAUUUUCACCUGAGCAUUCACAAAGUUCACCGCCAUUCAGCGACUGUACCUUCAUCUCAGCGAUGAGAAUAAUUCAAAAUUCCACAAUAACCGUUGCGACCUUUUUGUUUUCCAGACUUUGUUUACCAGUAUUGCAAUCAAUAUAAUUUUAUAUAUUACCAAAAUUGAACGAAAACAAACAAAGAAAAACACUCAGGCAAGUGGAGAAAGUUUAACAUUUUCCCGUCCUUCCAUCCUCAAUACGCCCACUCCUCGACCAGGCCAUAUUAUUUUUUAGUUCUACUACGAACAACACCAGUCGGUAUAGAAAACCAAAAGCAGGCUUCCUAAAAUUACUUAAAUGUCAAACGAGUAUAAUAAAUCCAAUUUUUGAAUCACGGAAGUUAUAUUGUAACAGUUUUGUCCGCAGUGAGAGGAUGAGAAUAAUGCAAAGGUAUCGAGUGGAAAAGCGUGAAGAACACACACACACCUUUAUUGCAACAAAAAACUGCCGUUAAAUGUGUAAUUUUUGAGAUUCACAGGAAAAAAAACUAGAAUAUGUAUAAAAGAAGACGAAAGCAUAACAGAGAUAAACACUAAUAAUCACUGCUUACUAGCGAUCGCCACAAUGUAGAAUAGUGAACAGAAACUGAAGUGAAGUGAUCUUUUGUUUCCUUGUGUUGCUGUUGGAGCCCCCGGAAACAUUUAUUUAGCUGGUCUAAAUAUGUCGCGUUAGUUUUGAUUUUGUUUAGGUUUAAUCUUUUGGUUAUUCAGAGCUGAAAAGUUUUUUUUUAUACGGAACACAUGCACGAUCACACACACACACCCAAGAAACAAUCAACUGGUAUGCCAAACUAUCACUCAACUACUUUAUUAGGUACUGCAUGGGGCGAAAGGAAGAACAUCGGGGGCUCUUGCAAUCGAAACGUGAGGGAAUGCAAACAGAAUGGGUUGAAAGCAAUCAUAUUAGCAGGUAUGUACUGUUGUUAGGGACACGAAACUGAACAAACAAUUUAACAAGAAUCACAAAACCUGGAAACGAUGUAUACACAUUCACGACGUACGGAUGCAUAAUUACUUGUUAUUAAUCAGAGGUAGAGAUAGAGAAUAUGAAAGUAUUGGUCGAUGAUUGUGAGAUGGUUUUUUUGUGUGGUCAAAGUCAUAUAACCUGGUCGAAGGUUGGUUUGGUGGAUAAAAAGUCGGAAAUUAUCUUCGUAGUUUUGUUUUCUUUUUUUCAAUAUUAUUUGCGCCAAGUUGAGAAAAUAAAUUGGGGACAACUAAAUUCCUGUGCUUAGCUACACUAUAUAAAAUUAAGUGGUUAAAGAGUAAGCGAAACAAAGUAAGCCAAUUGAAAAUUCAUUCGAGUGACAUAAAUUAAAAAUAAUUACAAUGAUUGCAAGGAUUACAUGUCAAGAAUUAUACCUUUCAGAAUUAAGAUAUUUGAAAAAUGGCAGGAAAUUGAGUUCUUGGGUUAUUUUUUUACUUUUUAAAAGAUAUCUGCUUAAUGAUGGAAUUUCUUGCAAGUAUUCAUGUAAACAUCAGAAGGAACAUUAGAGAUUGUUGGGAGAAGAUGGAAUUUUAGGCCUCCAGUCCAUAGAAUCAAAUUUCAUCAUUAUUUUUCUAUUUCAACUCGUUGAUUAGACCCUACCCUACUAUAUAAUUAAAAACACGAUAACUCCCAUGGUUCCUUCAGUCCGCUUCCGUCUAGACCCCCUCACGGCUGCCAUCUAUGUUUCUUGUCUUCUUUAACGUUGUGGCUGCAGUGCAGUGGUACUGAAUAGGGUUGUAGUACCGGUAGUCCAGGUAUCAAAAAUCCCAGGAAUACCGUCCCAUUUCAGUACCGAAAUACCGGUACUGAAUAAAAAUAACUAUUUUUGGAACUAUGAACCUUUCAGCACAACCUGGGAUCUGAAACCUGUCGAGAAUCAAAAGGACAUCGUUUCCUGAAAUCUAUCUCGUAAUAACGUGAGUCAGCAUAAGCCAACGAAAACGCACUACAAUAAAGUUGUGUCUCCGGUUUUUUAAACCGCAUUGGACACUCAGAAUUGUAUGUAUGCAAGGCACUCAGGAGCGACAUAUACGUAUGGGCAUUAUAAAAGCGACCAUUUGAAAUGAUAACAAACUCAUAUACAGUACAUGUAAUGACUGCGUUGCUUUAGGGAAAUUUCAGAAUUUAGGAAAAAAAACUUUGUUCAAUUGGGCGUGCGGUCAAACUUUACAUUUCUUAGUAACGUGUAGUUGCAAAUUACGAAGUUGAAACUAUCAUUACCACAUAGUUUUACACGUUAAUUGGAUCAUAUUUAAACUCUGACGAAACCUUUUAAUAUAUCGACCAGCAAGGUGGCAAUAUAAGUUGAUAUUAACAACUCUCGUUGUACUGAAAGAAAUAUUUUAACAAUAUUGUCAAAUAUAAUUACAAUGUUCUUGUAUUAGGCUUUGGAAUAACUACCAGAACUGCAAAUUUUCACCAGGUUGUUUUGAACUUGAAGGAAAAACAAAUCUCAAAUCAUACCCUACUAUGUUCAAUUCGCCGUUUUUCGUUUGCAUCAUUCAUUCAAACAGCUGAGCUGCUCAAUCAUUUUCCGUUCAUUUUCGAUUUUAUUGACCCUAUGAAUAUCUCUGUACUAGGAUACUGACGAGGGUUUUCAAGCAAAACUACUCUGAUCAUACUUCUUACUGUUCAUGUAAGCUUGAAAAUGCAAAAUAUGUCAACAUUUAACCUAAACUGGCCUCUACAGAGCAGAUGACAACUUUGGUUGGUGAAUGAAACACCAUCAAUUUAAAAUGAAGACGUACGGUUUGGUUAUGAAAAUCCCGCCAACUUGAAAGUGAAUGAUUAAGGGAGGCUUUGAAUUUGAAUCAUGGUUGGAUUUAAUUGAGCUGAAAGUUGGCAUUUGAAAAUGAAAAUUUGCACCACUGAUAACUGCAAAAAAAUAUAACAGGCAUGAUUUUUUGGAAAUGUUUCAUAAGCGAAGUUCGAAUUUGUUUAUUUGUAUAUUUGUUGUACCUUCACCAACAGACCACUUAAACGGAUGAAUGACCGUCAGGUUAAAACCCCAAAUAAACAAUUACAAUUACCACUUGACUUGGGGUUGCUUAAACUAAUUACAUUAGUUCCCCUAACUCGCAGUGUUCCCCUAUACGGCAUUCGAAUGAGCCUAAUAAGUUUGCGGCCUAAGUCACAUCUGCAUCCGGUUUACUGUUUAAUCUUUAUCUGUAGAAGAACGAACACCGAUUUACAACAGUCGCGCGGAUCGUUUCUAAUAGCGCGAUUGGUGACUAGCUGGCGGAAUUAUUAGGCAGUAACGAGAGGAUUUACAUGAAGCAGGUAGGAAAAUCGAGCUGUUGCAUCAGGCCGCUGUGUAGUAAAUCGCUCUGAAUUGUACCCCACACAGGGAGGUUAUGCACCUCAGAGCAAAUAAAGAGAAGAAUAACAAACGCUCUUUGCACUUUUCAUGCGAACCACGGCUCUUCUCUUUCACAAUAAACCUCUUCACUCCGAUGCGUGUUGCUCCCACACGUGUAUUCUACUCCAUGGCUGCACGCCACAAAGAGUUGAAAUAAAGAGGCUUUUUAGUGUGUAUCUUGGUCCCACGCGCACGUAAGUAGAAAAGGCAACCAAAAAAACAUUUUUAAAACGUUCUUUCGAUCAAACUUUAUCUGAAUUGUAGUUUGAUUCGCCUUCCUACCUGCUUUCCAGUGAGGGGAGGCACAAAAAAGUGGCUCUUCAAGGUGAUUCUUUGAACAUUUCUACAUUUGUGCAGCUCUUGGUGCACAGAUCGUACUAUUUUUCGUUUUCAAGUUUCUCUUUGUGCGGUCGUUCUGCAUGUUCUAUUUUUAAUCGGUGUAUUUCGCUCUUUGUGGCUCAUUGUGUGAGCAAAUAACAAGCCUGACCCCACACACAGGGUUAGAAAUUUGUUUAGUCCGAAAAAGGCCAACGACCUUGCGACCUUGCGUAAGUAUUUCGUAGGCGACAUUGAGGCUUGUAAUGCGUCUAUGGUAAUGUACUGAUCGCCUCAUUCACCUGUUACUAUGAUGCGUUCAGCUCGUAUCUUGUUGGGUGAUCUUCAAUUUGUUCAUUGAGUUUUCGGACAUCCAAUCGCCUGGUUCUCUCGCGUCUGUAUCCGGUGAGGCUACGCGAAUCUUACACACCAUUAGAUAAUGAUUAAAGUCGACGUUCGGUCCUCAGCAGGUUCGGGCGUUAAUGACACCAAUCUAUCAAAACAUGGACGAUUCGCUAGCAAGUUCUGCAAUUGAGUUGUCGCUAAGAUUUACUUCAGAAUUAGGUUAUUUGUUUAUUUACAGCUAAUAUCAACAUAUACGGUCCUAAUAAUAGUUUCUCAAUAUAUUUAAAAAAUACAUUGUAUUCUGCAAAGUAGAAUGUGAAAGCCAAUCUCGAAUGAUACAAUAUUGAAAAUCCGCUGCAAACUAAUGACGGCACCGUAAGCUCCAUAGUUAGUACGGCGAAAGGUAAUCAGUCGAAUACAUCACUGCGGAGAGUUCGAGGGCGAACGAACACAAUCAUCGCAACGCUCGAAACAGUCAAUAGGACUGAAUAGAUAGCUGCCGCAUUUGCAAUGUAUCGAGUCCGAUAAGCAGUUCACGACUUUCGUAACUUAGCAGCUGCUGUCGGUUGUUCCAAAGGGCAAGCAUUGUUGAGAUAAUGUAAAUUCUACACAUCUGAGCAAUCCUGUAUUGAUCGAACAUGUGCGCAGUAGAAAAAGUUCUAGCAGUAAAUAUCGGAAAAAAUGGAAAGUGGAUUUCAGCUGUUCCAGGCUGAGGGCAUACAUAGGGUUUCCAACCGUAAUAAUGUCUAUCAAGCUCGACUUUGCUAUUUCUGGAUCAUGUGUCUUGAUUUUUUGUCGUGACUACGACUAACGUUAAAAUACAGGGGUUUUUCAAAAUUUCGGAAGAAACUGCAGGUAGAGUUUUUGGAUGCGGGUAACUUGCAUUGUACUGAACGGAAUUACAACAGGUUGUGCACUAAUCAGUCGGAAAAAUGUGCAUUAGUUUUGAAUUCAAUUUUGAAGUAUUCACAAUUUCUGUAAAUAAAACAACCUGAUUUUCAGAAAAUCUAUCUAACGCGAUGUGGAAAACCGAAAGAGACCAAAUGAAGACAGCGAGCCUAUAAAUAUAUGCCCCGCGCGUUCUUUUUCUACCUUUCGUUGGUUGUAUUUUGAACGAGCAACAUAUGGAUUGGUUGGACAUGUUCACUAGAUGUGUGCAAAGUUUAUCGAGUGUUCUUCACUCACUCUGCUGUGACAGGCACACACGAAUGACACUUUGUUUGAUUAAUCUAGUGGUUUAAUUGUCAAUCCAACAUCUUCGAAUCUAGUGAAUUACCCAUCCAAACUAAUGCCAAUAUCAAAGGCUCUUUUCAGAUUCACAAUAACUAUCAUAAAAAAAUUGAAAAUUCAAAUACGAUUUCAUUGAUUACCAUUAGAUUAGAAUUAACAGGCCGAAGAGUAGUCACGACAAUCCGGUUAUGUUACAGACAUUACUCAUCCAUCUUUUUCAAAUGGAGCUGAGGAUAGAUGAAAUGCAGGGCAUAGUGUUCUCUAAUGAACCACUAUCCUUGUCGUCUUCUGCACACUUUUUGCCUUUCUCAUAUAAAGAAAGGCUAUGCAAUCACUGUAAAAAUCGACUUGUCAACCGAGGCCCGGAGGGCCGAGUGUCAUACACCAUUCGAUUCAGUUCGUCGAGAUCGGCAAAUGUCUGUGUGUGUGUAUGUAUGUGUGUGUGUAUGUGUGUGUGUAUGUGUGUGUGUAUAUCAUUUAAACUCACACAAUUUUCUCAGAGAUGGCUGAACCGAUUUUCGCAAACUUAGUUUCAUCUAAAAGGUAUAACGCUCCCAUAAGCUGCUAUUGAAUUUUUAGUUGAUCCGACUUCCGGUUCCGGAGUUACGGGUUGAAGAGUGCGAUCACACAGCAAAUUCCCAUAUAAACUGGUACCACCAUGAUGUUCAAAUGAUGUAAAACAUAUUAAAAUUGUUGUAACAUUACUCUAGUUUGCGGGUCUGGAUCACUAAUGAUCAAUCAAAGCCGCUUUGACCACAUUGGCCACCUAUGACGGUUCAUGACGCCCCCGGGGAACCCGCCAAGUUCCUAAGCUAAUAUCACACCCAUUCCCCAACGAAUUCUCUACCGAUUUUUACAAACUUGAUUUCAAAUGAAAGAUACAGUAAUACCAUUGACUGCUGCUGAAUUUCAUUCGGUUCUGACUCUUGCUUCCGGAGUUACAGGGGUAUUAGUAAGGAUACACUGGAAUUUCCCAUAUAAAUCGGUACAAUCGUAAUACCUCAGAGGCUAAAAACUAGUAAAAUGGUCUCCAAAUUACUUCUAAUCGUAGAUCUAGAUAACUGAUUGCCAAUCAAACAUUCUUUGACUAUAUUGUCCACUAUCGACGAUUCCGGAAGUCCGGAAUUCCGGACAUAUUCUACAAUUAUAGUCACAUCGGUUCUUCGGUGAUGACUGAACCGAUUUUCUCAAACCACGUCUCAAAUGGAAGGCAAAAUAUGCAGUUGAGUAUUGCGUUGCCGCCCCUCCCCCCCCGCCUUGCCCGGGCACCUCCCUCCUUCAUCACUCCCCUCCCCUUGGACCACCCUCACGCCAGCAUUUCCUUCAUCCACCCUGUAUACCGAAAUAAGAUGAAGGAUUUCUGACGCAUCCUCCACUCCCACUCUACCCAUUCCCUUCACUUUCAAACCCAUUCCACCAACAUUUCAAAAUAUAAUCACAUGAAGAUAACAUUGAGCUUAUGCUGAUUAAGCUAAUUAAAUAUUAUUCUUUUGCCUUUCUCAUAUAGAAAGUUUAUGCAAUUGCUCCAAAAACCGACUUUCUAACCGAGGCCCGGUGGGCCGAGUCUCAUAUAACAUUCGACUCAGUUCGCCGAGAUCGCAAAAUAUCUGUGUGUAUGUAUGUAUGUAUGUAUGUAUGUGUGUAUGUAUGUAUGCAUGUAUGUGUGUAUGUGCAGAUUUGUUAACAAAAUGUCCACAUCGGUUUCUCGGAAAUGGCUGAACGGAUUUUUACAAACUAAGAUUCAGAUGAAAGGUAUAAUAUUCCCAUAGGUUGCUAUUGAAUUUCAUUUUCAACCGACAUCUUGUUGCGGAUUACGAGUUGAAGAGUAUGGUUACAAAACAAAAUUUGUUGAUUUGUCCACAUCGGUUUCUCGGAAUUUUCUGAACCGAUUUGGCAAACUUGAUUUUAAAUGAAGCUCGCUCGGUCCAUCAGCUGCUGUUGAAUUUUGUGUGGAUCCGAGUUCUGGUUCCUGAAUUACAGGGUGAUACGUACGAUCACGCAGCAAAUCCCGAUUCUAACGAAUUCUGCGAUGAAUGUAAAAAGGUGAAUUUUUUUCCAAAAUGUAAACACAACUGUUGAAUUUGUAGAUCUAGGUCACGAACAGUCAUUCAAAUUCUCUUUGGCCACACUGGCCACCAUUGACGGAUCCGGAAGCAUCCAAAUUCAGAAUAACGGUUAUAUUGGUUUCUCGAAAAUGGAUAGACCGAUUUGAUCAACUUAGUCUCAAAUGAAAGGUGUUGCGUCCCCGGAAACUGAUAUUAAAUUCCAUCUUCAUCCGACUUCCGGCUCCGGAGUUACGGGUUGUGGAGUGCGAUCACAUAGAAAACUCCGAUUCAAACCGAUACCGCGAUGAAUGCAAAAAGGUGCUCUUAUAUAUACUUACCAAGUGUAAUAAGAAUGAAAGACAUUUCCAUAAUGUUAUAUUGUACGAACCAGCUAUUAAAUCAUAGUUUGGAGAAAUGAGAAAGGCACAAUUGCACCUCUAGGUGGAUUAAAACAGGUUUUUUCUACUGAAAUUAAGCUUUUUUGCAUCUUUUGCCUAGAACUAAACAGCUGAAAUCUCAGCAAACAAUUUUUCAGAGAUCCCAGUAAGGGUGACGUUUGAUAGUUGAAACUCGAAAAAUAUUUCACUGAACAUCGGUAAACAAAUUUUACUUUGCUUAGCUACCAGUUUCUAAACUUGCUGACUGUACGGCUGUUCGGAACCGAGAUUAAUUGAGUGUGUACCUCCAUUGUUGCAAUCUUCUCGAAACUCAUGUUAACUCUUUCUUGACCAACUUUUGUCUACCGCAUAUAGCGAUCCAAAACUUUUAUAUUCUUAAUACUGUUGGGAUCAUGAAAUACGAAAAACCUGAUUUGAUCAAGACAUGUGCUUCUUCCGUAGUUCAAGCUGCUCAGUUUUACAUUCCUACAGUAUUUACAAUACUCCAAUUACAUGCAAAAGAUAGCCGAAAACAGUCCAAAUUGACAGGCUUUAUCAAUUUUAAAUAAUAUUGCAAGACAACGAAGUCAUAGCACCAAAACUUAAUUUUCAUCUUUAUCGAAAUCGUCCUUAGCAGCACUGCUUAAACGGAAUCUAAUCAAUUUCAUUGCAAUAACUUCAGUUCUACUAAAAAUAUUAACAAUUGUGAAUGUUCAAAUGAAAGGUGGCCCAGUUACCAAACUUACUUGUUUUUGUAAACAAAUCUUGUGAAAACAAAAAGUUAUACCUUCUAAAAGGUAAAUUUUGUUUAACCCUUCGCAGUCCAGGUGAGAUCCUCACGCAUGCGCUAGCUUACACAUCCCUAUACAUGCGCUAGCCUACAACCACUAAAUAUGGGGUCGUAUCCAACCCCACUCGACCUGCAGAGGGUUAAUGAUUUUUAGCAAAAUAUUUUCUGAGUCUCAGCUGACAAAUGUUACUUUUAUUGAGAUCUCAGCAAAAAUAAUGCUUGCCGAGAUUUCUGCUGUUUAGAUCUAGGAGAACGAUGCAAAUAAAAAAGAUUCGACAGAAUCAAUUAAAUGUGAACGACCAAAGUUUCCACCGGGGUUGUUUACCCGAUCUUCACUAAGGUCAUUCGUACCCCAGCUGGCACCACGGGAUAGGGAUAGGAGUUCUAUAGCAGAGGUUAAAGAAUGCAUUGUGGAGUCUGAUGUUCAACAUGAUACAGCUUUGCUAAUCGGGAAUGAGACAAUUGAGUGAUUAAGGAAACAACCAAUGAAAACCCAUAACUUCAAACACCAGAAGUUCAUUUGACAAGAAAGAGUUUAAGGAUACAGAAAUUCCGAGAUGAAUUGUUAAAUUCGAACACGAAGUCAAACAACGAAGUCAACAACAAAUUAAUCGCUAUGAAAAAAUCGAUCAUGGCGUUCAAGAAUCCAGGUUACCAGAAAUUUGUAAUCUCAGAGAUUAAUUCUAGAUCCAACUUACGUAUACUUUGACGGCGCCUGUGGUUGAGUGGUAAGCAUGACCACCACGCAGCUUUGUGGGUCUGUGUUCAAUCCAGCCGAUGGCGUUGAGAUUUUCUGAGGUGAAAAAUCUGUGGUCACGUCUUCCUUCAGAAGGGACGUAAAACCUAAACCUGCUGAGACGGGGUCCAGAUGGUGGAGUCACCUCUCUGGCGUCGGUGAUUGGCACUCAGUGCGGACCAUUUGAGCAAUUAGUCCUGGUAAAACAAAUAUUUUUUGACCGUGCAAUGAUAGUUUUUGUGAGGUUUUAAGUCCAGUGUAUUCUUACCUAACUCCUGAUCACCACUUGUGAAGUUGCUAGGCAAUGGCAGCUUAUAAAGGGAGUUUUUUUUAAUUUUUUUUCAAGUGGGAUUUUCUGAUAACUGAAUUGACGUACGAUCCUAAUAAUUUCUUUGCAAUUUCAUCAUGCAAAAAUAUACGCUCGAACAACGUUUCCAAAUUUUGGAAUUUUGAAUAAAAAAUAACCGAUUGGUCAAGUAAAUAUUUGGUAGGCGGCUGCCAAAGCAUUACCUGUUCAGAUGUUGCCCCUUAUUGGUUAAAUGGGUACUAACAACGUUGAAUCCCCUGAAUUCGCGAUCUAAAGCUGGAUGUAGACCGCAAGAUGGCACGAAAGUGCAGUGAUGAUAUUUUUAUUUCCAUCUGUCAAAACGCAUCGAAAAGUAAAUUUUGAAUUUUUAUAAACUCAAUCAAUAUUAUAAUUAAAUGUUAUUUCAGCUAAUAAAAAGUAAUAUUGGCGAAGAAAAUAUGUUUCCUAUCUCUAAAAAAUACCUAGAUAAUAAAUUUCUUGUUACAUCACUAAGAAUUCGUUCUUACGGUUUCAGCUUAUACUAAACUGAAUUCCAGAGAUUGAAAUAUCGAUAAAAACACGAUAGUGGUCGAAAAUCACUGGAUUAAAGAGUGCAAAUAUUGACAGUCGAGGCUAUUCACUGAUAAAUUCAAUUUCUAGGUAAACAUUUUCCGUAUUUAAAACAAUCAACCUAACCUCAACAAUACAAAAAUAAUUCCGGAUCUCAAUAAUUCGCAAUAAAAUAUCAAAUUUGACUGAAUAUUUUGGGUCAAAAGGAAGAACGAGCGUUUUCUUAUCAACUGUAGUUGAACUUUUAGUGAAACUAAGCAAUGUUGCUCUUAAAACAAUUAAAAUCGAACAACCAUCCUAUAUCAUCAAUGCAAGAAAAUACUUCCGUCAUCAUUUGACUGAUAUCAAUAAUGAAACCUAGUUGGCGCGUCGAGCGGAUAAGUUUCACGUUUGAGAGCCAAUAAAGAAUCGCCAACUCUAUCGUCUGUUUACCAUUUUUCUUCCAGUGUCAUUCCAAUCGAGUACGAGACCUGUCAAUGGAUUGGAAGCGGUUUUGCUUCGGAUUGAGAGCUUUUGACAGCUCUUGUGUUCGAUUCGAAUGACGCUGACAAAUAAAUAAUGAGAAAAAGAUAGAGAUAGCGUGUCUUUAUCAGAGGGAUUCAGCGUCUUUAAUGGGUAUGUAAAGAAACAAACAAAUAGUGCCUGGGUUAUGCGGUUUAUAUGCGAUCGGUAUCCGGGGCUCAGUUGUCUUCAUAAAUUAUACCGGAGACAAUGUGAGCAUCACUGCCGAACAACAUCGAGACAUUUUCGAGGGAUGGUCGCUUCCAAAUGUUGUUCCACAGGAUUUGGAAGAACUUUGACUUAAACAAGAUAGGUAAUAAACCAUACGGGCGUUGUAACAAUCAAUUUAUGGAAUACGAUGAUAGACGGAUUCUGUCGAAAAACGAUAGUGUUGGCUGGCUGCCCUAAUAAAAAUCUUAUGAUCUAAGAGCCUAACGACCUGUUCAGAGUAUAAUCCAAACAAUAUGUGGAAUCGUUGGAUUAUAUGGGUUAACGUUCGUGUAUAUUUUUUUUAUUAGGGUGCCUCGUUCUUACAAUUAGACAAUUGUGGAAUUGUUUUGUGGUGUUACUUCUCUCGUCCACACCGACAACCAGCAAACGACUGAUGAGCUAGAGGUCAACAUUGAGUGCGUUAUUCACAAAAUUUCUCCGGUCGUUCUCGAAAAAAUGGCGAGAAUUAGACCAAUGAAAUGGGUUUUUCAAAAAGUAGUCGCGGUUGACAUUUGAAUAAAAUUAUUUUAAGUUGAAGCGAUUUCAAAACGACAACAAAGGUUCGGUUAUGUUCGGGUUACGUCCAGCAUCUGUGUGCGGCUAGAACGUACUAUACUGAUAUAAUAUGGCACGCACACAAGAGUAUCGUUCAGCAAUCAGCUGACUGAUUUUUGCACCACGUGUUUCAUUUGUUUUAAAAAAUAAAAAUGUACAAAUUUCCCGAGCGAAUCAAAAUUCCGUGAAGAGAAUUUAUUCAUCUGCAUGUGCUAACAUGCUUACAUACAGUGAUACAAUUUCUAAGCAAUCUGAGAUAAGACAUUUAAGUUACAAACGAUUUUGUCUUGCGCGCCAAUGCAAUGAUUUUAUUUUGACGAUGAAAUAAAAAGAAGAAGCAGAAACGAUGGCAGCCAUUUUAGCUGCCACCUUGUGACUCUAUUCAGCAUGUCCUUAAAACGUUAAACUGCAUGCCAUACGCUACCAAAAUAAACAAAAAACAUUUUUUCUUAUUUCGUUUAUUUGACACGGCUCAUAGCGGUAGCUUAACGGAGCCGUGGAUCUUUUAUGUGUUUACAAUCUGUAAAAAAUAAAAAUAGAAACAAAUAUUAUUGUUUGUCCGUUGGAUCUCGUGCGCGCAACUUUUUAUUGCGAGCAGAGACCUUCUUUCGCGGCUCGCCUACUGCGUCAUGGAGACCGUUUAAUUCUCUCCUGUCCUCCACAUCAAGGUCAUCAUCGUUAAAAGUGCCUUGGUGCUCACGACCAGAUAUUCUUUCGUGUUUCUUGCACUUACGGGUGACCAAUGUAAAUCCGUCGUCAUUCUUAUUAUCUUCAUCACCGAUGUUACUUACAGUUGUUUCAGGGGUGCUGGGUGCUGCUUUGGCAGUUGUCAAUAGGGACUGAACAGCAGCCACAAAUUUGGCAAACGUUUGUGGUUCAGGUAUUGGUAUUAAAAAUUCUUUUUUGGGUUGGUUUGCCGUGGAUGCUUUGGCAAUCGGUAGAGAUGCAUUCUCCUCUGUAUCUUCCGCGCAAAGUUGUUCGUGGUGAGCUGUCUGAUUAAAAUACUUGCACGUAGGAGUUUGCCCCUCAUGGGUGCAUAACGAAGUGUGGUUAAUAGUAACUUCGUGGGUUUUGAGUUUUAUAGUCAAGUGGGAGGGGAUAUUUCUUUCGAUCCGCAUCCUCACCACCAGAACACCGUUAGGUGUACCCGGGAAGAAAUUUCUCCACGUAUCACGUGUAACGGAUUCUACUUCUCCGUAUUGUGACAUGUACGUUGCGAUUAGAUCAGGAGGGGUACGUGGUGAUAGGUCAUGUAGCUUUACAUCUUCAUAGGUUUUUUCUAUAUACACGGGAAUCUUAAUUCCAACUUUAUCACUUUCAGCCACCUGCUUCAAGUUGUUCUGCAAAACGAAACGUUCGGCUUGGGCUAACGUGUUGAAUGAUAUGAGUACUACAUUGCGAAUAUGAUGAUACUGAAGAUACAUAACCUCCUUGAGUCUAAACUGCUUCUUCACCUUCAGGAGGUAUUCCACUUCACGAAAAUUCAAUCUUAUUGAACAGAACUUAAAGUCAAUGACCGCUGUGUUGGGUCGGAGCAGAGAUUUUUCGUCAACUUUACUUGUGAUGGCAAGAAUGAAUUAAAAGUUUCCUUUGUUCUCGAGACACACACUAGAUCGAGAGGUUGCUAGUUGUUAUUCACUUGGUUCGAUUGUAAGUCUGACUUGGGCAGAAGUAGAAAGUAGACUGAAAGAAAAAAAAACAAUUGUUGUAAACGAUUGUUUGUGUGUUUCAUUUCGCUUUAAAAAUGAUACAAAAACACUCUUUAGGAUCCGGACUUUCACUCAAUUCAAGGCUUACUUGGUUUGGCUUUACUGUUUUGUUCCGCGUAUUUGAGUCUUCACUCCCAUCACUGAUGCAAAUUGUGUACAGUUAGGAUGUCCCACAUAAUUAUAAAACUCUUAACAUUUGUUUGGAAAUACCGAACUACUUAAUCGCCUAUCGUUUUCACAUUGAUGAAUUCUUUUAGUUGUUAAUACAUCUAACGACGGCAAUUUAAUCCCUUGGCAUUCGCAGAUACCAUUUUGGAUCCAUACGAACUGAUAAAACUAAAUCCCAAAACAUAUGUGCGGAAAUUGGUGGGUUCAUUUUCUCUCUACUCAUUUGGUGCCGUUGUUUUUUUUUCUAAUGUAUGUUUUUUGUGAAACGAAAAAGAGAAUCUGAGCGAACGAGAGUAAUGUUGAUGUCAUUUUUUUUUUGUUAUUCGGGAGAAUGAAAGUUAGUUAUAUCGAAAAUCACUAUAACUGCAAAUAUUCUUAAUCCAAACCUCUUUAUUAUCUAAUUCACGCAUCCUACAUUAUCUAUUAAAUUAUUGAGUAUCAAUUAUUCACGGAUUACUCCGUAUGCAUUAUUGCAGUUAAUAUGAGUAUAUGAGUAAUCUAGCGACCCUCUUUACAAAGAAUCAUAACGAAAUAAGCAAGUAGAGGAACACAUACAUUAAAAUACACCAUUACGAGUAACACAAACAUCUAUAAAUCUAUUAAUAAUAAGUGAACGAAUGGAUCGCCUGAGGCAGAAAAAACUCCGUUUUGUUUUUUUUUAAUUUCUCCAUCCCUUGGCGCUGCGUUUCUAAUUAGUUCGUUUUGAGUGUGUGUCCGUGAGUGCACGCGCGUGCGAAUGUAAAUAGGCACUACUACAGCAGAAUAAGCAAACCGCAAGAGCAACAGAUUUAGAGCAGCAAGGGAUGAACUCGUCACCGAUCAAGGUAGGCCUAGAUUUGUACCUUCUGUCCAUUAGAAAUUCCUCAGAUAAGGUGGGCUUUGUAAUAUUUACAAAGCCCAUCUGAACCGCUCCUAACCGUAAACGCAACCCCUAUCUGGAUCGGAUGGCAGAGCAUGGUUUACUCAGACACAAAACAAAACUACCUUUGAAGAUACAAAACAAAACAAGAAACAAAAGAUGUACACGAGCAAAGCAAACCUGACCGCAUGUUGAAAAUGUACUAAACAAACAAACAAAUAAACAAACAAACAAAACAACUGAAGUAACAAAGGAAAGAGGAUUGAGAUGAAUGUUUAGCAGACAAAAUCAGAGCAUCUAACCAGUGUUAUGUGAGUUAUUGUAUAGUAGAAGGAAACAAAAAAAUAAAGAAUAACAAAGCAUACAAAGAAGGGAAAACACAAGUGACAAAAUAUGUGAGUAAAACUAGAGAGAGACAAGUUAAAUUGAAAGAAAGAAUAAACCCAUACUGUUUGAUUAGCGAUGGUGUGAAAAAAAACAGUUAGCGAUUUAUAAAAGUUGCGUAUUUAGAUGGUAAGAAUGUCGUUCUACAUUGUAUCGAGCCUGAUUGCAUUUUUUUUUUGAUUUGAUGAUGAAUCGCUGAUCAGAUGAUAAACAUCAUUAUUUGCUCAAGCUGAUUGCAUAUAAACAAAACAGAUCCUGUCAUUGCCGCUUGCGAUAAGACUAAGCAGAAAACAAGUACAGUUUUCAGCAGUUUCGUUCCAUUGCUUUCUUAUCUGGACUGCAUUUUAGCAGAUGUGGAGGCGGGUGAGCCGCAUUGAACGAAACUACCCAAAAUAAAAAGUGACUGAUAUUAGUUUCCUAAACCCAUAAUCCUAGUUGCAAGACAACCAACAGCAGACACAAUAGAAAUGCCUAUCGAUUCCUAUCUCUGAUUGAAUGAGAAUAAUUUGCUGAUUUUAGGUGCCAUUUUUAUAGUGCAUUUUUAUACCCGAUAGGCGUUCAGUGUGUGAAACUUUUCUAGUUUCCACUUUUGAAUGUACUUUGACUACUCUUUCCACAUAGUAUUGAAAACAGUGCAGCCAGACUAUUUCCCCCAGCAUAUUUCCGUUCAGCCACAAAUGCUAGAACUAAUAACUUGUGUGAAUGGUUUCUGCAUAAAACUCAAAAAAAAAAAAAGAAAUGAGCAAACAAAUAAUCCAGUGUAGUAGUUUUUAGUCGAUUAGAAUGGAGAAAACAAAAACAUGAUGCAAUGUUACACAACUCAGUGAAACAGAGAGUAACAAGCGCCGAUAAGUUGUAUGAUAUGAAUUAUAAUUUUCUACCUCAUUUAUUUAGUAACCUUUUUUAUAAACAUAAAACAAUGUAAAAAACAACAAAAAAAUGUAAAAGUUAGUGACAAACCUAGUAAGAAACUAUUUUAAGUCAUGAAUAAAAUAAUAACAUUUACUAUUAAACAUAUUACGAUUAGGAGCACUCAGAAGAAUAAGGGAAGUAAGCUAAGCGAACGUUUUAUGUUCUGCGGAAAGAGAAAUGCGAUUUUCUUUUUAGUCGGAGAUUCAGUUCAGUGACCACUAAGAGCAAACCUAACAACACACGAGCGAAAACAAUAAAAAUGAAUUAACAACUUUGGAGACAGACGACAACAGUCGAGCUGCCCUACCAACCGGAAAUCAUUGAAACAGGUAACGCGGAACCGAAAUCGCGGGGAUAAUAUAUAUAUUUUGGUAAAUACCUUUAAACCAAGCAGAAAAUCCGAAACCGGAAUAAAAACAAACGAAUCUGUAAGCCAGCUAACGAGGGAAGACGAUACACGGGAAACUAAUACAUUUGUGAUCAAAUUGCUUGGCAGUUACUAAAUUAGCGAUGAAAAAGCUGAAAAAGAAAAAGAUCAAUGAAUUUUAAAACGUUAUCAUCAUAAGAAGAAAAAAAUUGUUAGGGUAAAAACUGAAACUUUUCCGCAUGAGAGGUUUUAAAACAAAAUUAUAUUUAUCAGCUUUCGAGGGGAAAACCGCAAAAAAUGGUUUCCUCUUAAUCCUUUCGAAUGUUCAGCUUUAGUUCGAUAUAAGAUAUUGGGUUUUUGAAUUUGAAACUUUCGAAACUUAACCGCGUAAAGUGUGCUUGAUCCGAAGAAAAAUUGCUUCAAAAUGAAGGAUAAGUCUGUUUAAAAAAAACUGAAACGAAUCGCGCUGAAAGCGUGUUUGCACAGAAAUCGAAAAGAAUGACUUUUUGUAGCGAUGAAGGAUUAAAUAUCCGAAGACUGUAGUGAGGGAACCGAUAAGUAAUGAGUGAGUUCGCUCUUUAAACAAAACUAAGAAAUACAAGCAGAAACGAUGGUAUGACGAGAACGAGAAAUACGGUUAGAAGUUCUAUUAUCAUUAUUAUAAUUACUAUUACUGCAUACACACUAUCAUUAUAUUACUUGAUUAGUUGAUUAUAUUACGCAUAUAUUAUUGAUAACAAAACAAGCAGACGACAACAUAUAAAAAAGAAGGAAUAAAAAAACACAACAUAACAACAAUGAUCCGGUGGAACUAAGAAGAAUAUUAUUAACACUGUCUUCUAUACAGUCAAGGAAAUCUUUUUCUGAUGUGAAAACAAGUUGGGAAUCUUAGUUCUGGACAAUAGAUAUAAAAACAAACAAUGAAAAAAUAAAAAAAAUAAAGUGAUUGAUUAUUGUCUUUUGUAAUAAAAUAUUAA